AUGGCUAAAAGAGCCGACAAGAACAUGAUCUUCCAACGAAUGGACCAAACUGGCGACACAACACAUGUCGUUGCGUCUCUUGCGAUAGAUCCAGUCAACUCCGUGUUGAUAUUGUUCAAUGAUCAGACCAAGCCGCAGGACGUGAAUCUGCUCAAGGAAUAUUACGUCCGCGCGACGCGUGACCGUGACCGUGUCCACGCACUCGGCAUGAACGGUGAAACCAACGUCGAACAGUUAUUAAUGGGCGACGGGAGGUACAUGGAGAAUUGGAACGGGUUAUUGAAGCCUAAACCCAGCGAGAAACCCGAGGAGAAUGCCCUUCGAAAAGCUUUGCAACAAAAGCCGGUCCUCCUGCCGGGCGAGAACGAGUUUGUGGAUGCCAUCAAGAAUAACAACUUGACGGAACUCUACCGUGACAUCGCAUCCCGUACCUCGGGCGCAACAGAGUACAAAAUCGCAGAACUCUUCAAGGAUGCGCAAUUCGCCGGUCAAAUGCUCCCGGCCCCUAGUUUGAAACCGGUGUUGCUGCUUUGUCCCCGGUAUUCUGGCUUCAACAAACCCGGGGGAGGCCACAAUCCGGAGGGCGAUAGUGACGUCCGAGGACAGGCGCAGCUCAUCCACCUUUUCGAGGAAAGGUUCACCAUUAUUACUGUUGGACACGAUCCCGUAAAUGACCGCCCUGGCAGCCCCAACAAUGACGACAUCAAUAGCGCCCAUGCCAAGUGCCACCUGGGUGAGUUCUAUCUCAAGGACCCUCUGGCCGGUAAAGGGAGAGGAGAGCAGGUGUCGUUCCUGCUCGCCCUAAUGAAACGGUAUCCGGGCAGUCUAUACCAGUUGGGACAGAAGACUGGCGCAAUGGAUGCAGGCGCCCUGGGUGGGAUCCCAACGCUCUACAUUGAACACGAAAGCAGCCCGACCUUCAAGCGCAUGCUGCCCUGGGUGGAGACCAUACCUUUCUAUCGAUGCGCGAAAAUCAACAAGCCGCCGACGGUACAGAAUAGUCUCAGCAACUUCGACAAGGAGGCCCUAGCCUUCAUGCGCGCUGGGUUCAAGAAGCUCAACGAAGAAGGCCCCGCCGCACGGUCGGACCUGCUCAACCUGGGCCCAGAAGAUCAAAAGACACUAACCAAGAUCUUCAAGCUGAAAUCUCUGGUCGCGCCGGUGAAUGCCCAACCGUCUCUGUGGGAAGUGUUCAAGGUAUUUGACAAGGUCGACGUUGCCGGUAACACGAAGAUGGUCGAAGAUUUGGCCGCGCAGUGGGAAGACAGCAACAUUAUCAAGGGAUACAACCAGAAGGACCGGAAGAUUAUCACUCAGGGCAUGGGUGAUCUGGUGAACGAGUACACGGGCAAGGCUGUCAUCAUCAAGCCCGAGGGUAGUUAUGAAUAUCACUGGAGGUAG